AUGUCAUAUUAAUUUGGGAUCAAUCAAUUAUAGAGCACAACAGUUCCAAAUGCAAAGUAUAAAACUAUUCUUUGUCGACACUAUUAAGGUAUGAGAACUCAAUCUAUUAUAAUAGCAACCAAAUAAUGUGCAAUAGGUUCUAAAUGCUAAUUCGCUCAUGGUAUAGAAGAAUAAAGGCAAAUGAACGGUAAAAGAUUUAAAAAUAAUCUAAAGAUCCUCUGCCUGCUUCUGCACUUUCAUCAAUCACUACUGCUUCCCAAUCAACAACAAUUGAACAACAAUAAAAAAAUUAAUCACCUUUGUUUAAAAGUAUGAAUAAGAAAUAAAAAAGUACCUUGUAAAUACCAUCAACUCAAUUUUUGUAAGAAUGGUUCAGGUUGUCAAUAUGUACAUGGUAUGCAUUUAUUAGUUAUACCAAAUAGAUUCUGAUAUAUAAAUAUAGCCAACAUCAUAAUAACAGCAAUAAUAAUAAUAAAUCUAAUUAUUAUAAUAAUAGUAAUUGUAACAAUAAUAAUAAUAAUAAUAAUAAUAAUAACAAUAAUAACAAUAAUAACAAUAAUAAUAAUAAUAAUAAUAAUAAUAAUAAACACUAUAAACACUAUAAACAUAAUAAUAAGUGGAUCCUAUGGCCAUCACCUUGACAUAUAUAUUAAUGGAAAUGCAAUAAAUCUUUGUUUAAGAAGUAGUUUAAUUAAAUACUAUAUAGGAUUUACUAUAAAAGAUAAGGUUUGCUAUUGAACUAGUGAGAUAAGGAAAUUUAGUAUUAGCCUGUGACUAGAUCAGAACCAUAAUUAACUCAUCAGAUAGAACUGCAGAUGAAAUUCAAUAAUAUACAUUGUUAUAUAAUUAAUCAGUAGCAUAUUACAAAUAACUAUAAUAACAAUGA